AUGAAAUUCCUUGCUGUAUUCGCUGCCCUUCUCGCCGUCGGCGCCGCUUCCCCGGUAGCCUGGACUCUCCAAGAAAUCGAUACUGCACUACAGAACCCUAGCACUGACCCAGCAAUUAUUCCCUACCUGGAAGCCGCACUUGACAAGAUCAUGAACGCCCUAUACGAAGGAUUAUCAGUUGAAUCCAUUGUCAUCCCCAUCCCCGGUGAUGUCGAGAAACCACAGAUCAACCCUUCACCUGCUGCUGUCCCCGAAUUAGGACCUAUCUCCGCUCCACUGGUACAAGUCAUCGUAAACAUCAACAAUGAACAAAAGAUUGUCCCCGAAACCCCAGCCAUCAUUGAGGAGGUGGAGAAUCAACCAAUUGACAACAACCCAGCUCUGAUCCCAGAAGGUCCCAGUGGUCCAACUGACAUCAAUCCUAUUGACGUAAUUGCUGUGAACCCUGGACACUAA